CAUGCCGUGUGCCAGCUGCAGUGCAUGUUGGAGGUGGAGUCCCUGUGGGUUGUGGGGGGGGGUCCUGCCCCUGGAGGGCCCCCCCGUUCCCUCCCUGCAUGCUGGCUGUUUGUUUGGGGGGGGUGCUAACUGUCCCCGUGUCUGUCCCAGGCUGCCUGUUCGACAGGAGACUCUGCUCCCAGCAGGAGGUCUGUGUGCAGGAUGGCUUGUUUGGGCAGUGCCAGGAGAGCGCGGCCCGCGACAGGCCCUACUUCCAGGUCACCUCGCCAGUGCUCCAGCGCCUGCAGGAUGUGCUGCACCGCCUCACGGCCCAAGGGUUGUCGUGGCAGGAUGACAUCACACAGUACGUGAUCUCCCAGGAGAUGGAGCGAAUUCCCAGGCUGCAUCCGCCCCCUGCACGGGAGCCAGCGGCCAAGGAGAG